AACAAAUAGUUUAAUAUGAUAAUAAAUUAAAUUCAUGGUUAAUCAAACAGCUGCUCAAUCUGCAUUAAUGUGUAUUUCUAGUUAAGGGAUUUUAGGAGUGUUAUGUUCAUGCAGUGAAGUUCUCAUGUCAUUUAAAAUUUUCCCCCUUCCUCAUGUCUCCUGUGAUGGCUCUCUUUCUGCUGUGUAUGUGUGUCUGGGUGUGGUACUCCACCUCAUGCCUCUCCCUGAUUGGGCGAACACACCGGCUCCCCCCUCAUCAGAUGGCAGUGUAUUUAAACCCCAGUCCUCCAGAACUAUCACCUGAUAGUUCCAGAUUCUGGUGCAAUAUCACGAUAGGCUUUCUCACGUUUUUGUUCAGCUCUGUGUUACCCAGUGUUUGUUUGUCCACUUAUUCUGUUGUUCUCUCUAUGCUCAAGGUUCACCUCUCACUCAGCCUGCUUGCCUGCGUCCUGCUACAACCACGUCUGCUUCGGCUUCACUGUGGUUUACAGACUGAGCGUUUGACUUUCACACUGCUGACCUGACUUCCACUCUGGCCACUCUGCCUUGCAACCCACACCUCGUAGUGCACGCUAUAGGCUACUAUCUAGUGAUGUUACAAAAUGGAGGUUGAGACAGAUGCAAAAACAGGCAGAGCAGUUUAAUGAAAACAAGGCAAACAGUCCAAGACACUGGGCAACCUCGUGGUCGAAAACAGGCAAAGCGUUAGUGCUGAUUUCACUUGUACCAGUGACACCUGCUCAAGGUAUUCCUAAAGCUGUGGUGUUCAUAAAACCUUAUAAACAUCUGUUCACUUGUGAGAAAGUUACUCUCAGAUGUGACGUACAGGGAGGAGGAAGCUCUGAGUGGACUUACAGUUGGGAGAAGAAUAAAACCGAGCUUUAUACAAGUGGAGAUGGAUUCAGUGCAGACCGCACAAUGCAGGAGGUCAGUAUCAGUUGUGUUAUACAAUCUGACAGUGGUGACUAUACCUGCAGAGGACAGAGGAGUGACUCUCAGAGCUCAGAGAUCAGUGAUGCUGUGACACUGACUGUAUCAGAGACACCACAGCCAGUACUGAGUAUAUCUCCACAGAGCUGGCUGACUGAAGGAGACUCAGUGACUCUAAGCUGUGAGGUUACAGACUCCUCUACAGGCUGGAAAUUCAGCUGGUACAGAGAUGUUCCCUACAGAGACAAUGAUGGCCGUAUCAGGUAUAGAGCGGUGCUCCUCUCAGACAGCAGCAGAGGAUCUGGAGGUUUCUACACUCUCAGCCCUGCUGCUCUUAAUCACACAGGAGUUUAUGUGUGCAGAGGAGAGAGAAAAGAACGAGCCUUUUACACACAUUACAGCAACCUACAGACACUAUGGAUCACUGGUGAAUCUCCUCCAGUCUCUCUGAUCAUCAAUCCCAGCAGAACUCAACACUUUAAUGAUGACUCUCUCUCAGUGAGCUGUGAGGACCAGAGUAACUCUACUGGAUGGACAGUGAGACGAUACACACAGAGACUUGGGGUGUCAGUUUGUACACAAUUGGGAUCAGUUACAGGAUCUACAUGUAAUAUCAGCUCCCUCUCCACAUCCGACACUGGAGUUUACUGGUGUGAGUCUGAAUCUGGAGAAAACAGUAAUCCUGUCAACAUCACAGUGCAUGAACGAUUACGUCCAUUCCCGGUGCUCAUGCUGAUCUUUAGCAUAGUGACGGCCUCUCCAUAUCUGCUGGUGACCAUCAUUCUGCUGGUCAAAUGUUAUAGAGCUCGAGAUGGUGAUGUGAUCCUGGAGAGUCCUGUCCAUCCUGUGACUGAGGGACAUCCUCUGACUCUACGCUGUUUACAUCGCAAUGCAAAGUCCUCAAACCUCCGAGAUGACUUCUAUAAAGAUGGAUCAGUUCUCCAGAAUCAGACUACAGGAGAGAUGAUCAUCUAUAACGUCUCAAAGUCAGAUGAAGGUUUCUACCACUGUAAACACCCAGAGAGAGGAGCGUCACCAAAAAGCUGGGUCUCAGUCAGAGCGUCAGGUCCAUCAGGUGUAGAAGCUCCAUUCUCAGUGCUCAUGCUGAUCAGUAGUGUAGUGACGGCCUCUCCGUAUCUGCUGGUGACCAUCAUUCUGCUGGUCAAAUGUUACAGAGCUCGAGCUGAAACUAAUGAAAGGAGAAUGGAGAAUGCAGUCAUAGAGGAGUGAGCAAACUUCAUGUGUUAAAAGAGGAUGCAGUGCUGUUUUCUUUAAGGUUAUUUUGGGAAUUUUUAUAAUAAAACUGAUUUGUUGCUUUAAUUUCAUACUGUUAACACAGACAGUUUUGUUGUUCUGGCUUGAUUUGUUUAGCUAAAGCCUGCAAAAGUUGCUAAUGCAAAGUACUGAGUAAAAAUAAACAAGUAAAAUAUUCUUUAAAAUAAAAAAACAGAGACGACACAAGCUAAUAUUUUGGACAUUAAUGUUACAGCAGUGACAGUGAUUCAGACAAUCAAAAGCUACUUAUAAAGUGAAACACAAGGUUUUACUGUUAAACUCUGCUUUAUUGACAGUGUUCAUCAAUGUAUUCUGUCACACUGCUAUCAGGUUUAUACAUCACAGCCAGAGUUAAUAAAAAUGUACCAGCUCAUGUACCAGAUCACUGCUGUCAGGUGGAAACAGAACUGCAUUUCCUUUGUUCCUGGGCUCCCCCUUGUGGUCAAAGAGAUAAUAUUCUUAAUGCCGUACAUUUUGUU